AAUGCUUCAGCCCAUCUGCUGAACCCGUGAAGAAGAUGGAAUCGUAUGGCAAGAGAGCUCUUUACUCAGAAGAUGGAUUUGAACUGAAGCCAAGGAUGCCUUGAAGAACUGCUUUCCUCUAUCCUGAGACCAGAUCCAUCAUGGCAGCUGGUGUAGCAGCAUGGCUUCCUUUUGCCAGGGCAGCUGCCAUAGGUUGGAUGCCAGUGGCCAACUGUCCCAUGCCACUAGCCCCAUCAGAAAAAAAUAAGCGCCAAGAUGAGCUAAUCAUUCUCAAUGUGAGCGGCCGGCGUUUCCAGACAUGGAGGACUACAUUGGAGAGAUACCCUGAUACUCUACUUGGCAGCACAGAGAAAGAGUUCUUCUUUAAUGAAGACACCAAGGAAUACUUUUUUGACCGGGAUCCUGAUGUCUUUAGGUGUAUCUUAAACUUUUAUAGAACUGGUAAACUACAUUAUCCAAGGUAUGAGUGUAUCUCCGCUUAUGACGAGGAGCUUGCUUUUUAUGGGAUCCUGCCUGAUAUCAUUGGGGACUGCUGCUAUGAAGAGUACAAGGAUAGAAAGCGGGAAAAUGCUGAGCGAUUGAUGGAUGAUGCUGAUUCUGAGAAUAAGCAAGACUCCAUGCCAGCCCUGAGCUUCCGGGAGACCAUGUGGCGAGCCUUUGAGAACCCUCAUACUAGCACUUUAGCCUUAGUCUUUUAUUAUGUCACAGGCUUCUUUAUUGCUGUUUCUGUGAUCACCAAUGUGGUGGAGACCGUACCAUGUGGCUCCAUAUCCGGCAACAAAGAACAGCCAUGUGGGGAUAGGUAUGAAAUGGCUUUUUUCUGCUUGGACACAGCUUGUGUUAUGAUUUUUACAGUUGAAUACCUGAUGCGACUUUUUGCAGCUCCCAGCCGGUACCGGUUCAUCAGGAGUGUGAUGAGUAUCAUCGAUGUGGUGGCCAUCAUGCCCUACUACAUAGGUUUGGUGAUGACCGGCAAUGAGGAUGUCAGUGGAGCUUUUGUGACUCUGAGGGUUUUCAGGGUAUUCAGGAUUUUCAAGUUCUCCCGUCAUUCCCAAGGCUUGCGAAUCUUGGGGUACACACUGAAGAGCUGUGCCUCUGAGCUUGGUUUUCUUCUCUUUUCACUCACGAUGGCAAUUAUUAUCUUUGCUACUGUGAUGUUUUAUGCAGAGAAAGGAUCUUCAGCUAGCAAGUUCACUAGCAUUCCAGCAUCAUUUUGGUAUACUAUUGUCACCAUGACAACUCUUGGUUAUGGAGAUAUGGUGCCCAAGACAAUUGCUGGCAAGAUAUUUGGCUCCAUUUGUUCACUGAGUGGUGUACUUGUCAUUGCUCUUCCUGUCCCAGUUAUUGUUUCCAAUUUCAGCCGAAUUUAUCAUCAGAAUCAAAGAGCUGAUAAGCGAAGAGCACAAAAGAAAGCCCGGUUAGCCAGGAUUCGUGUAGCCAAAACGGGAACUUCCCACGCCUACCUUCACAGUAAGCGCAAUGGCCUUCUCAAUGAAGCACUGGAAUUGACGGGGUCUAUGGACGAUGAGCACAAUAUCAGCAAAGCCACAUCCAUCAUUGAAAGUCAGCAUCACCACCUGCUGCAUUGCCUGGAAAAAACAACUGGAUUGUCCUAUCUUGUGGAUGAUCCCCUGUUAUCUGUACGAACUUCCACCUUCAAGAACCAUGAGUUCAUUGAUGAGCAGAUGUUUGAGCAAAACUGCUUGGAGAGCUCAAUGCAGAAUUACCCAUCAACCCGAAGCCCUUCCCUUUCAAGUCAACAGGGCUUGACUACCUCCUGCUGUUCUCGACGUAGUAAGAAGACAACGCACCUCCCCAAUUCCAGUGUGCCAGCAACCCGACUACGGAGCAUGCAGGAGCUCAGCACCAUACAUAUUCAAUGCAGUGAACAACCAUCGCUCACAACAAGUCGCUCCAGCCUAAAUAUGAAAUCAGAUGAUGGUCUGAGACCGAACUGCAAAGCUGCUCAAAUAACCACAGCAAUCAUCAGCAUCCCAACACCACCGGCCCUGGCACCAGAAGGGGAAAACAGACCUUCCUCCUCCAGCCCCAGCCAUUCAAGGAACACAAUCAUGGCUAGCAGCAACAUUGUCAAGGUUUCAGCUUUGUAAGACUGGCUUGGUCAAACAUGAUGGCAGUAGAUUGGAAGGCCAAUCUUUCUCCCUUUCUCCCCAACUUUCAUGUUCCUUCUUUGCUGCAAAUUGUGCCUAGAUGAAUGGCUGGAUGGACAAUGGACCAACCUGACCAACAUCUAAGAACUGAGGAUGAGAGCCGAAGGAGGCAGCUUCCUUCAAACUCACAUUCAUGCUGCAGAGCGAGCUCAGAGGAUUCAGGAAGCUGUGUUUGUAUGUAUGGGUGUAUGCGUGUGUGUGUGCAUGUAAGAACAGAGUGGCCAAAGGAUCUCUCUUUGACAAGUUGAAGCCUUGUUCUAAGACAUGAGGCGUAGAAUAGUUUUUGGAUAGUGAUAUAUAAGUCCUGUCAUAACUACAAGAAGGUCAGUAAAGAAGUAGAAUUAUAACACUGUGUAUCUCAGCACCUUUUUAAAGGUUUUUAAUGGAUAAUAUUUAUUCAUGAGGAAAUGACUGAAAAAGGUGACCAAAAUGGAUUUUGUGAUUUUUUUUUCUGUCUUCAUGCAGCAGGAUCUUUUAUUAACCAAAAUUACUUCUUUAUUUUCUUUUAUACCCAAACAUUUUAAAAAAAAGAAUUCAUCUUGUCACACAAAUUUAAUUUUCAUUCUUUUGUGCAUGUGUACAUGCGUGUGUAAGAACGAAUAAGAGAACCACAAAACUGGCAUUUUCCAACUAUGAAAGAUCUGAGCACACAUUCCUGUUUCUGGGCUCAAUCCUGCAAAGACUUACUGUUUGCAUGGUCAACAACAUGCUUUAAGUAAUGCCUGUGGAUUCAACGGUUCUACCUACUGUCCAUCCCUUUCUGCAUGAGUGUGUCUUUGCAGGCUUCAGCCUUUAGUGCGCAGUAGCAAAACAGAUGCCUGCAUGCAGUCACACACACACACACAAGCACUAAUGAAAUAUUCAUUUUAGAUGGCACUUUUUCUUAACACAAUUCUGUAAUUGCCUUUAAUUCAACAAAAAUUGCAGUUGCAAACAGUGUAUUUGUCUGCUAAUUAUUGUCUGUGAAAAAAAAUCAUAUUUGUGGAACAAAAAAACAGGCUUUCAUAGUUCACCACAAUUCUUUGCUUUUCGAAGUAUUACUUUGGUUAUCACAGAUUGGUGGUAGAGGAUGUGAUUAGAUUAACUAGUUCUGUAUUUUUAAAGUCCAGAAAAUGGCCUCAAGAAAAUUAACUUUUUUUAAAAAAAAUAUUCAAGCAAGUUUCAGAGUGCAAAAUUAUUUGAAGCAGCUGCUGCAGAUGUUCAUAACUGAAAUGUAUUCUAUGCCCAUGCUUUCUUUUAUGUUUUAUAUGUAUUUCUUUAAUAGUAAUGGAAGUGUCUCCCAUUGUAUAUAAUAGCCAAUAGUCAGUGGAUGUGUCCUUUUUAGGACUAUUUUAAGAGCCAAAACUUUGCAUGGACUGAAAGUGAAUCUCAUUUUGUAAUACAGUCCUGUGGCUCUUAGUGAAACUCUCUGGGUUGCAUUGGCUUAAUGGAUACAGCAAUAUAAUAUUUUACUUUCCCUAGAGAAAGCAUCAUUUCUUUUCAAUGAGGAGAUGUUGCUUUUAGAUUUGGGGGCCUACUUUAUAUUAGAAUUUCAUUUCUAAUCAAUUUAUAAAAUACUGUUAAUAGAUGGUUUAAAAAUAAUCUAUGUUUCAGAAUAGUUCACCAAUUGUUAACUGUUGUUACACUGUUUAGAAAGUUUAGGACUGUGUAGUAUAACCAUCUAAAGCUUUAUACCAAUAUUCCCCUAAUGUCUUUCUCUGGAGGCAAAUCUGCGUGGCCACAUUUAUGCCAAGAAGACACACACUGCUGAAUAGCAUUGUGAACUGUACUCUUCUUUUCUUACUAAAGUGUACAAUUUAUUAACCAUCUUAGAUUUGUUUAAUCUUUGACAUAUCUGAUGUCUACAACAUGCCGUCUUUUGAUAUCUUGCUUUCAUUUUUAUAUAUCUUCACAAAGCAUAUAGCCCAAGAUAUUUUGAGUUAGAAUUUGUGUUGCAGAAGGAAGACAGACUGCAUGUUCAAGUAUUGUUCAGAGGAAAAGGAGAAAACUGUGCUGACAAAGUUAUCUUCUGUAUUUGCUUUUUGUUUCUUUUUUCACAUUAAAAUUAAAGUUAUCAGAUGAGCAAUUAUUGGAAGCCACUAAAUGGUAGAAUUCAUGUUAAUACAUCUUAAACUGAGUCUGGAAUCAAAUUUUUGAAUAGGAUGUGACCAGUUCUUUGAAAACUGAACUUCAAAGAACUUAUAAAAAAUCCCCACCUUUGUAAAUGUUUCCAUUUUGAGUUGUUAAAAUGAGGCAUUCCUGCACAUUGCACCAUAAGAGGUCUUAUCAAUUGAAGGAUUCAACUAAGGCAACUCUAAAUUCUAUCCAUUGGCUUAUACAAAUAGCUGGAACCAUGCAUUAGGCUAAACAGGAAAUUUUGUUAAUCUGUUACUUAACACUGCAUGGAAACCACACUGUUAACUGUGCAACUUAAAACCUUUUUUACUGUCUUAUAAUUUUAAAAAAAUGUUGGAGAUUCUGUACGUCCCCAAUAUAAUGAAAAACUCAUUAUUUUAGUAAUCUGAAGGAGGCCUUAAUUUGCCAUCCAAAAUGUCAGUGCCUGGGUUAACCCUAGGGCUAUCUGCAGGUGAUUGAAAGAAGUCAGGAUGGCAACUAUGACUAUACUAUCUAAGCUGGGGCCCUUUACAUAGUUCUUAGGCAAAAAAUAAAUAAAUAGUGAGAUCACAGGAUAACAUACAUUAUCUGGACAUUUUUGUUUUAACUACUCCUGAAGAUAUUUCUGUUUUAGCGUGUGAAAUUAUGAACUGACUUUUUUUUAUUUCAGAGUUGAAAUUCAUUUCUAUAUAUUGAACUCUUACUUAGUAACUACCACCCAUAUCAUAUACUGUGAUGGGGAGAAAGGUUACUGGGUAUUGCCUUGUUUUCAUAAUUUCACUGGUGAUGUUGAUGCUGAUUCUAUUACUUGCAGAUAUGCUAAGCUUCUAGUCUUUCUUUUUUGAUACUAGUACAUAAUCUAAAGAAAUUGAUCAUGCAACUUACAGAAAUGCCUUAUUGAAUCUCUCCUUUGCUUCAUUUAGCUUCAUUACACCUCAUUAUACCUUAACAAUCAGUUCCUACCUAGGCAAUCUGAAGUAUAUUUCUCCAUUCUCUUUAACAUACUGUGUUGAUUUUUAUUCCUAUGCAAAGGAUAGCUACAGAAAUAUGAGUUUUGCCCUAUAUCCAAUUCAUUUUACCCCAUUAGCAGAAAUCAGAUGUAUCUGGUUUGAAAUAGCAAAUUAUGUAAAAAUUGGGUUUGGCUCUGUUGAGUUUCAAUCUACUCACAGUAUAAUUUAUAUUUCUAUAGGAAAUAUUUGGCCCUUUAAAUCCCUCCCUUCCAUUACAACAUACCUUACAAAUUUCAAUUGUCUCCCCAAAAAGUAUAGCAGGAAGCUACACAAAAUAUAGUAGUAGGCAUACAUUUGCUGCCUCUGGCCUAGCAAUGAUAUGCAAACCAUGGUUUUAAACAUAGUUUAUGUCAUAGUGAUGGGUAAACUAAGCUACCAUGGCUAGUUUCACAAACCUAUUAAAACAAGCCAAAGGAUAACUUACAUGUUUAUCCAACAGAACAUUAUUAUCCAACAAUCACUGGUGUUGAUAUGUAUUGUACCAUGUAUUAUACCAGGUGUUGUGGUGGCGCAGUUAUUAGAAUGCAAUAUUGAAGCUAACUCUGCCAGGAAUUCGAUCCUGACCAGCUCAAGGAUGAUCGAGCUUUCCUUCCUUCCAAGAUUGAUAAAAUGAGGAUCCACUUGGGCAAGCUCAAAAUCAUUUUCAAAAUCCUAAAGUUCUAAGUACCAGUAUGUGUUCCUGCUAUGAAAAAUUCAGAAUGUUCAGAAAAGUCAGAAAUCUGAACCAGAUUGGAAUCUCAUGUACAGUUAAUUUGUUGAGACUGACUUCAAUAGAAAUUUAAAUACUAUUGCAUUCUCAUAAAUGCCAGUUUCUUUUUGUGAAAAAGAGAUUGCCACUAUUUAGAAAUACCGGGUCUCUUUAUCAGACAAGAUAACUAUUUUUCUAAAACUUGGUGACUAGAGGGCAAACUUUGAUUCCCUGAUAUUUUCAUGUGACUGCAUCACAAUGAGUAUGUCAUGCUAACUCAAAAGUACCCAGACAAUUAAGCCAAUGAAGAUUUGACCUGGUUCACAGACCUGGUUCACUAACAUCCAUGUCAUUCAUUAUACCUACUGAAAUUGCCCUUUUUUAAAUUCAUGAUCAAGACUAAUUUUUAGAAGAGGGCCCACAAAAACUGGCCCUUGCAGCCACUUCAUUUUGGUGUUCAUUUUAGUAUUCAUGUUCCUUACCUAUAACUACAUGGACAGAGAAAAAAAAUGGAAGGAAUAUGUUUGGGCAUUAUCUGAAGUGGUAAACUUCAAUCUCCUUUGGAAGUUGAAAUGACAUAAAACACAGCUGUCAGCCAGCUAGCCCAAAAAUCUCAGGUCAUAUGCUGUCUGUGCAUGCAGAAGAAUGAAUUGCCUGGAAUAGAUUACUGGAUUGAGUGUCUUGAGAACAAGACCAUUAUGUAGUCUACAUAUCUAAUUAUAGUAAAUGUAGUUUCUUAUUUUUCUUAUUAUCCCACCCAACUAGCGUCAAUAUAUAUUGCUCAUCUCCAUGUGGGAAUGGAAAACCUUUUUUGUUAAUAUGUCAAGUGUUUCUAAAACAUUCAUCUUAUUUGACAUAAUUUAUGACUUGUCAUGCUCCAUCUCCCAAAAUCAUUGCUUUUGAAACUGAUUUUAAAAAUACAGAAGUAUAACUAUAUUUAAUUUUUGUCUACAAAAUUCUAAAGGUAGUGAUUUUACAUUUCAUUACAGUAUAUAUUAGUAUCUUGCUCUACCGCCAUACAUCCAAAAAGUAUAUGCUUCAUUUAAAAGUACAGUUGGCACUGGAAUUUUGGUCGAAAAGGAGAUGAUCUCAUUUAUAUCUAUCCUUAAGUACUGAUGAUGACAAAUGAAGGAUAUACUACAUGUAUUUGUAAGUGCAACUCUCAUAUUAAAUAAUAAGUGCAUAACAGUAAUUAGAUUUUAAUGGAUCUAAGCUUUUUCUGCCACCAAAAUGAUUGCCCCACAUACUUUACAAUUUAGGGAAUAUCAAAUGCAUCAUGUUUUCAAGAAAUAAGAUAUUAUUUUAAUUAUUUUUGCUGCUAUUUUAUUAUCAAUUGAGAAGUAGAUACAUAGACAAAAUGUUAAUCUGACCAAAGGCUUUAAGCCUAAUUCUUUAUUUGACUGUUACUGUCACUGACAAUUUUUCCUUCUUGUAACCAAUUCAAAGUUGAUCUAAUAUAGUAAAGCAGACUUGGCUUUUUCAUUAAAGAAUAUCAUUCUA